AUGGCAACUAAAGAGCCAUCAACUACCACUUCUCACAAUUCCAAUGAAUCAUAUGAGUACUAUCCCAAUUUGAAGCUUUACGGCUACGCAAUUUUAGUCUCAACAUGGUUACUUUUCAUCAUUACUAUAAAUUCAUUUUUCCAACUUUGGCAAUUCAUAAUAUCGCCAAUGGCAGGGACAUCACUACAUGAACAGUUAACGCACAUUUUCCAAAUAAUUGAUGAUCUUGUGAUUAAAUUAUGGUGUAUUUAUGUUGCGUUUUGGUGGUGGGCUUUUAUUUCUUGGACGGGGUUGAAAUUGUUUAGCCAUUCAAAGGGAAUACAAAAUUGA